AUGGCUGGAAAUUAUAGGUUUGAGAUGGAUCAUACAGAUAUUGUGAGUUCAUUAAUCACAACCACUGGGAGUUUUAUUCAAGAUAGGUUGAUUGAUAAAGAACAGAGAGCCCUGCAAAAAGAACAUUGUGCUGAAAGACUAGCAGCUGAAGAUGGAAGCUCUGAUAAAGAUACCGAAGUUAGGUACUCUGAUCAAGCCGUCCUUGCAAAUCUUGACUGGGGAAUUGAGGCCCUCGAAGAGGCAAUUAGCACUUCCAACAUGGAGACUAAAAUGGCAAGAUUAGAUUAUGCUGAGAAAAUGUUACAAGUUUGUGCAAUGUUGAAUUCUAGUCAGAGAACUGCUGGGGUUCCCAAUUUCUAUUUGUCUGCAUGGGCACAUUUGAAUCUUUCCUACUUGUGGAAGUUGAGAAACAAUGUUCAGAAUUCGGUUCUUCAUAUCUUGGACAUGUUUAUCAUAGACCCUUUUUUCUCCAGGAUUGAUUUCGCUCCUGAGCUCUGGAAAUCAUUGUUUCUUCCGCACAUGAGUUCCAUUAUUGGAUGGUAUUCGGAGGAGAGGCACAGGAUAGUGAUGGAUGUGAUUCCUGAUUCUAAUGACUUGUCCUUUACGGUCGAUUUUGAUAACUACUUCAAUGAAUCACUAAUCACAUCUGUGAGGCCAGAUCAAGCAGAAAAAAUGCAAAAGCUAGAGCAUCUUUAUGGGCAAUCUUUGGAUGAGAAUACAAGGCUUUAUGCCAGAUAUUACAAGGAGUGCAUGAACUAUGACUCUGCCACAACCAAGAAGGUGAUCCCUAUGAUGCCAAUUGCAGAGCCACCAAUGACACCUUUGCAUGAGGUGAGCCAUAAAAUCCCUGAUUAUGUCAAAUUUGGUCCAAUCUUGCCCAAGAGUGCUGGGUUUUCUCCUGUUUUGAAAGCUCAAGGAGAGACAAGCGAAGCGUCUAGAUUAAAUUUAGCUUCUGCAUCUGAUGAGAAUCUCGAUGACUAUGCCGGUUGGGAUCCAACUCAAGGAAUUCCCGAGGAGAGUGAAGACGAACUCGAUUAUGAGCCUGAGGCAUGUGAAGAAUCUACAAACAGAGGUGUAAAAGCUGCACCUUCUUAUAGCAGCACUAUAAUCAAUAAGGAUAUAGAAGCGACUUUGAAAGUGCAGGCGACUAGAGUGAGGAGUCGAAACCAAACACCCAAUGACUUCUCCCCUGUGGAUUCUCCCAAAAAAGAGUCACCUUCAAAACCAGAGACACAUGGUAGGAAGGAACCCACAUCUUUAUUGCGUUUGGUGUCCACCCGAGCCAAGGAAAGGACAGCCUCUGCUUCUUUGGCUGAUUCUCCAUAUUCAUCUCGGCAUUCAAACAUUAGUUCAGUAGAUAAUGAUAAUGAACUGAUGGAGCAGCAGAAAUCUGGAAGGAAAAGCAGCAGUCAUUCUCGAAGGAGCAGUCAAGUCCUGGAGAAAAGCUUCUCAAAUGAAAGUGAUGAAGGUAACAAUAGCAUCAUCUCUCUGCCAUUAUCCGACAAGCAGACUCCUCAAUCAAGGCCACCAAAAGAUUUUGUAUGCCCUAUAACAGGGCAAAUCUUCUAUGACCCAGUCACCCUUGAAACAGGACAGACGUAUGAAAGAAGAGCUAUCCAAGAGUGGAUAGACAGAGGAAACACAACUUGUCCCAUUGCCCGGCAGCCUUUCUUGGCCACUGAACUGCCCAAAACAAAUUAUGUCCUAAAAAGACUAAUUACCUCUUGGAAAGAACAGCAUCCUGAUCUUGCUCAGGAGAUGUCCUAUGCUGAAACUCCAAGAAGUAACUUAAGCACGCCUUCGUUGAAUGAGAUGUCAUCAGAUUCCAAUCCUUCCGGGAUGACUAGUUAUCCAAUUCGAAGAUUAAUGGACAACGAUCCAGAACAUAAACCCCGAAGAUUUAUGCGAGCUGCAGUGUCAACAUCACCAACCAGCGUACUAUCUCAACCUGCAGUGGAAACAGUUAUAAAUGGACUUAGACCUUACAUUUCAUGUCUCUGUAAUUCAGAGGAUCUACAAGAAUGUGAAGCAGCAGUCUUGACAAUAGCCAGGAUAUGGAAUGACUCAAAGGUUGAAUCAGGCAUUCAUUCCUAUUUGUCUUCACCAGCAAUAGUAAAUGGCUUUGUUGAGAUAUUGUCAGCAUCUUUAAACAGGGAAGUUCUCAGAACAACAAUUCACAUUCUCUCGCAGCUCAUAUAUGCAGAUGAUAGUAUUGGAGAAGUUCUUACCAGUGUGGACACUGAUUUUGAUUGCCUUGCUUCUCUAAUGAAAAAUGGUCUUGCUGAGGCAGCAAUACUUAUAUACCUUCUAAGACCGUCAUUCUCUCAGCUUUCUGCUCACAACCUUAUACCGUCUUUGACACAGCUCAUUUCCAGCAAGAGCGAAGAUCCCCUCGAUCUUCAAUUUGUUAUAGCGCCCAAGGAUGCGGCACUAGUUUUGCUUGAACAGAUCAUUACAGGAGGUGAUGAGACGACCAGGUUGACAAUCACUAUGGAUAUUAUAUCCGCUGGUUCAGUUCCUGCCUUGCUUAAGUGCCUAGAUAGGGUGGAUGGAAGACAUUCCAGUGUGACAAUACUGCUAUGCUGCAUUAGGGCAGAUAAGAGUUGCAGAAAUACAAUAGCCAGCAGAAUUGAGUUGUCUCCUGUGCUUGAGUUAUUUCAUACUGGAAAUGAUAGUGUGAGAGGCACAUGCAUAGAAUUUUUCUCUGAGUUAGUGCAUUUGAACAGGAGAAAUUUGUGCAACCGGAUUCUGCAAAUAAUUAAAGAUGAAGGAGCAUUUAGUACCAUGCACACGCUUCUUGUUUAUCUACAAAUGGCUCCAAUGGAGCAGAAACCUGCAAUUGCUUCCCUUCUUCUUCAGUUGGAUCUCCUGGUUGAACCAAGGAAGAUGAGUAUCUAUAGAGAAGAGGCAAUUGAGGCAUUAAUAGAAGCACUUCGCAAGAAGGAAUUCCCAGCCUCUCAAAUUGCAGCUUUAGAUGCCUUAUUAUCUCUUCCAGGGCAUAUGAACACCUCGGGGAAGCCCUACACUGAAGCCUGGUUGCUUAAGCUUGCUGGAUUUGAUCAACCUUACAAUGCUUUGUUGAAAGGAGAAAAGCUACAAACUUAUGAAAGUGAAUUCAGCGAAACUGUGGAAGAAGAAGAAAGAGCUGCUAGAUCUUGGGAAAAAAGAGUGGGAUUUGUUCUCUGCAACCAUGAAAAAGGAGCAAUUUUCAGAGCUUUGGAGGAGUGUAUCAAGAGCAAUUCACUAGAGAUAGCAAAAUCUUGUCUUGUCAUCAGCACAUGGCUCAUCCAUAUGCUUUACAAUUUUCCUGAUACUGGGGUAAGAGAUGCAGCUCGGAAGUAUUUGCUUGAUCAGUUUAUAACCAUACUACAAUCAUCAAAGAACCUUGAGGAGAAGAUUUUGGCAACUCUUGCUUUGGGAGGCUUUAUUACUGAUCCAGGUGCACUUAAUGAACUGGGUAUAUAUGCCAAAAACAUGUACAAAACAUUGAGGAAGCUGAAGCGAAACUCUGUAGUGGUCAAUGAUUUGUUGAAAGCUUUGAUAAACUUGCCAUCAAUUGAUGCGGCAGAGUUCUGGUGCUACGCUGAAGGUCCGGAGUUAGAUGCAUCCAUAAAUGGUGAAGUUCUUUCCAUUCUUCACACCAGAGGCCGACUUAUCAGCAGCCAUUCUGAUGGAACCAUGAAACUGUGGGAUAUCGGAAAGAAGAUUCCAAGAUUAAUUCAAGAAGUUCGGGAGCACAGUAAAGCGGUUACAUGUCUCUGCCUUUCAUCAUCUGGUACCAAACUGUUCAGUGGCUCCUUGGACAAGACAAUCCGGGUCUGGGCAAUCAAGCAGGCAGAAAUUCACUGUGUUCAAAUCCAUGAUGUUAAGGAGGCAGUGCUGGAGUUGUAUGCCAAUAGCAACUUCGCCUGCUUUUCGCCUCAAGGAACUGGAGUAAAGGUUUAUAAUUGGUCGGGAAUUCCUAGGCAUGUUAAUUUUAGCAAAAAUGUGAAAUGUAUCUCCUUGUUGGGCGAUAAGAUCUAUUGUGGCUGUACCAGUUACAGCAUACAGGAGGUGGAUUUAGGAACUCUUACAUCAACCAUAUUCUACGCUGGUACAAGGAAAUUGCUAGGGAAACAAACAAUAUUCUCCUUGGAAGUCAACAGCGGUCUUCUUAUUGCUGGCGGUUCCUCGGUUGAUGGAAUAGCAGGAAAGGUGUUCUCUCUCCCGAGCAAGGCCGUCCUAGGAACGCUGUCCACUGGUUUGGACAUACAGAAGAUAACAGCCAACAAUGACUUCAUAUUUACAGCUUCAAAAUGUGGAAUAAUAGAAGUAUGGCUGAAAGAAAGAGUAACAAAGAUUGGUUGCAUCAGAAUGUCCGGUGGGAAUAACACGAAAUUGUUAUCAUUAGCUUCCGAUAUGGAUGGACAAAUGCUUUUUGGUGGUUCCUCCGAUGGCAAAAUCCAGGUCAGCCACAGACUUCUUGAUUAUCUUGGACGUCAAAUGUCGUUCAUUUUUAAGACUGGAUCUCACUAAUUGCCCUUGCAUUGCAGAUUUGG